UUCUCAUAUAUGCGGAUGAAGUAUCUCUUCAUUUCUUGGUUAGUAGUAUUUAUUGGCAGCUGGGUUAUGUAUGUUCAGUACUCCACCUACACAGAACUAUGCAGAGGACAUGACUGUAGGAAAAUAAUAUGUGAUAAAUACAAGACUGGAGUUAUUGAUGGGUCAGCAUGUAGUAGUCUUUGUGCUAAAGAAACAUUGUAUUUUGGAAAAUGUUUGUCAACUAAGCCCAAUAACCAGAUGUAUUUAGGAAUCUGGGGAAAUCUGCAAGGUGUUAUAAAAUGCCAGAUGGAAGAAGAUGCUCAACUUGAUUUUGGUACUGACCCAGAACCAAGGAAGGAAAUAGUCCUAUUUGAUAAACCAACAAGAGGAACCACUGUUGAGAAAUUCAAAGAAAUGGUAUAUGGUCUUUUUAAAGCAAAAUUGGGUGAACAAGGAAAUCUUUCAGAACUGGUUAAUCUCAUCCUAUCUUUUGCUGAUGGAAACAAAGAUGGUAGAGUUUCUUUGCCAGAGGCGAAAUCUGCAUGGGCACUUCUGCAGCUAGAUGAGUUUCUGUUAAUGGUGAUCUUGCAAGAUAAAGAACAUACUCCCAAGUUGAUGGGUUUUUGUGGGGAUCUCUAUGUGACCGAAAGAGUUGAAUAUACCUCUCUCUAUGGAAUCAGCCUUCCAUGGAUUAUAGAACUUUUCGUUCCCUCUGGCUUCAGAAGAAGCAUGGACCAAUGGUUUACUCCGUCAUGGCCAAGAAAGGCAAAAAUAGCUAUAGGGCUUUUAGAAUUUGUGGAAGAUAUUUUCCAUGGACCUUAUGGAAACUUUCUUAUGUGUGAUACAAGUGCCAAAAACUUGGGUUAUAAUGAUAAAUAUGAUUUGAAAAUGAUGGACAUGAGAAAAAUUGUGCCAGAAAUGAAUUUGAAGGAAAUAAUUAAAGAUCGUCAGUGUGACUCAGAUUUGGACUGUAUUUAUGGUACAGACUGUAGAACUCUAUGUGACCAAAGCAAAAUGAGAUGUACCACAGAAGUAAUUCAGCCAAACUUGGCAAAAGCCUGUCAGCUACUUAAAGACUACCUGCUUCGUGGUGCUCCUUCCGAUAUCCAUGAAGAACUAGAAAAACAACUGUACUUGUGUAUUGCCCUUAAAGUCACAGCAAAUCAAAUGGAAAUGGAGCAUUCUUUAAUACUCAAUAACUUAAAAACUUUACUGUGGAAGAAAAUUUCCCAUACAAAUGAUUCUUAG